AUGAAAAUCACUUCAUUCUCUUCUACUCUGGCCUUUGCCUCGCUUACGCUUGGGGCGCUCGCUUCAGUGACGCCUAUGGUGAAGCGCAACCCGACCGGCUCCUUUACUUUGAUUGCUUACAGCCUCGAGUCUUCUUAUAUCAAUAUCUUCUACUCUGAUGGUAUCGCUUACGCCGGCGACUCUUCUCUGUGGACCUAUGGGUCUGUCACAACCGAUGUCUCAUUUGAGAUGAAUGGCACCCAGCUCGUCACCACCGCCACGACGUCCGGCGUUACCCUCGACUCCGACACUUUGUUCUAUAUUCGCCCCACAGCUGAUGAAGUCCUGCCAGUAGGAUUUACAGGAAAUGGAAUCGACACCCCGUCAGAUGCUUCAAGCUCUGAUUUCCUUUUCUAUGGCACUUGGCUGAUGUGGGAGGCAGACGACGGAACGCUGUCGGACUCCUUCCGUGCUAAGGCUACCAAUGUUUCUGGUGUUUAUGAGCUUUACUGGGACACCUCAAACCUGUAUCCUUCCGGAUAUGAGAUCCCCACUGUCAAGUCGCACCAGUAA